AUGCCAAACUUAAAUAAAUUCUACGAUCGCUACCUCCGCGACCGCGCGACAGGCACGUUGGCUGCUGCUGCUGCCAACUCCGAGUAUAAGUUUUCAAGCACCAACAAUCCAUGUCACCAUCUUGCAAAGUACCAUGCCGGAUACUACUUUACCCAGGUUACAGGCGGCCGGGCGAGUCUUGCAGUUCGUUCCCAGGCUAACUACUUCUACGAGUCUUUGUAUGUCUACUCAAACUUGUCCUCUAGUUCCGAGGAGCAUGAAGAUGAGGACGAUGAGGAUGACAAUGACAUCUAUGGUUAUUAUGAUGGAUGA